CUUCCUCGCCAGCAGAAGACUGAGAAGCAUUUAUCACAGAGCGCAGUUCCUGACUUUACAGAACAGCAGAGAUGAAGGAGCAAAGAGUCACCUAUGCAGAGCUGAAGCUGACAAAGGACUCAAAAUGGCCACAAGUGAAACCUAAAGGGAGUAAAAGCUCCACGACUGUAACGGAGCCGGGAGUAACCUACGCAGAAUUAAGUCUUCACAAUGCUUCCCGGGAUCCUCAGGAGAAUGGCAAGUCCUGUCACCUCAAAGGCUUAGCUUCACCUCCAGAGAGGCUCAUUGCUCGGAUCUUGGGACUCACCUGCAUUGUCUUGAUAUGCAUUAUUGUGCCAGUUUCCUACAAAAAGCCAGAGCAGGAUAAUUUCUCCUCAGAGCACAAUGAUUACCCAAACGUCACAAAGAGCGAGAAAGCCUGUCGUUGUGGCCCUUGUCCAAAGGGGUGGUUUACAUACUCCAACAACUGCUAUUACUUUAGUGAUGAAAAAAACACCUGGAAUGAGAGUGUGACGGCCUGUCAGAAAAAGAAGUCUCAGCUGCUUUACAUAGACACUGAGGAAGAAAUGAAAUUUAUGCAAUCCAUAUCAGUUUUGUCUUGGAUUGGAGUCUACCGUAAUGGCAGCAAUCAAACAUGGACGUUCAUAAAUGCAUCAACUUUCCAACUAGAGAUAAGAAAACCAGUACCUGUUAACCAUCACUGUGUUAUGCUACAAUCUAAAUAUUAUGCAGAAAAAAUGUGA